GGCUCCUCUUUCCUUGCUUAAUAUGGAGCUGGAGCGGGGCCGGUGAGGCGGGACGGGACGGGGCUGAGCCCCCCCGGCGGGAUCCUGCACCCCGGCACCCUGUGUGCGUGGGGGGGACAGGCUGCAGGGGGGUCAGGGUGCCACUGUCCCCCCCUUUGUGCCUUUGGCCACUUUGGGGCUGGGAAAAGCCCGCGUGUCUCUGUGUGUGUCCCCCAGGCUGUGUCCGUCUGUCCCCUCCUGGCAGGACCGGAAGGGGCCGUGUCUGUCCAUGUGUCGUGUCCCCCCCCCCGGGGGCCGCAUCUGUCUGUCACCCCCCACGGGGGCCAGGCAGGGGCUGCGUGUCCAUCCCCUGUGCUGGUGCCAGCUGGGCUGUGUCUGUCUGUCCCUGGACACGAAGGCAUUGUCUGUCUGUUCCCGAGGCUGUGUCUGUCCGUCCCCAUCCAGCUGUUGUCCAGCCCAGGGGCUGCCUGCCUGUCCCCAGGGCUGUCUGUCCGUUCCCUGGCUGUUUGUCCAUCCCUGCUCAUCUGUGAGUCCCAUCCCCGUCUGUCCUCUGCAGGUCCAUAUCUGCCUGUCUGUCUGUGAGUUCCAUCCACUUGUCCGUCCAUCCCCAUCCGUGUGUCUGUCCCUGUCUGUGGGUCUGCCCGCAGGCGAUGGGGGUCUGGGGGUGGCUGCUGGCCCUGCUGGUGCUGGGGGCUGGGGGCCCAGCGGGGGCCGGGGGGGGCCUGGACUUCCCCACCUACGACGGGCUGGACCGGGUGCUGCCCGUCACCCUGAAGAACUACAAGACGAUGCUGAAGCGGUUCCCGGUGCUGGCCCUGCUCCACCACCGCCCCGGGCAGGGCGACCGGGCGGCCCAGCGGCACCGCGAGAUGGAGGAGCUGGUCCUGGAGCUGGCAGCCCAGGUGCUGGAGGACAAGGGAGUGGGCUUCGGCCUCGUCGACUCCGGGAAGGACGCGGCGGUUGCCAAAAAGCUGGGCCUGACAGAGGAGGGCAGCAUCUACGUGUUCAAGGAGGACGAGGUGAUCGAGUAUGAUGGGGAGCUGGCGGCAGACACGCUGGUGGAAUUCCUGCUGGAUGUGCUGGAGGACCCAGUGGAGUUUAUUGAGGGCGACCACGAGCUCCAGGCCUUUGAGAACAUCGAGGAUGAUCCCAAACUCAUCGGUUACUUCAAGAACGAGGAUUCAGAGCACUUCAAGGCCUUUGAGGAGGCAGCGGAGGAGUUUCACCCCUACAUCCCCUUCUUUGCCACCUUUGACAGCAAGGCAGCCAAGAAGCUCACCCUAAAGCUGAACGAGAUUGACUUCUAUGAGCCCUUCAUGGAGGAGCCAGUGACCAUCCCCGACCGGCCCAACAGCAAGGAGGAGAUUGUGGCCUUCGUGGAGGAGCACAAGCGAGCUACUCUGAGGAAACUCAAACCUGAGAGCAUGUAUGAGACCUGGGAGGAUGACAUGGACGGGAUCCACAUCGUAGCCUUCGCAGAGGAGGAUGAUCCGGAUGGGUUCGAGUUCCUGGAGAUCCUGAAGGACGUGGCCCGGGACAACACGGACAACCCCGACCUCAGCAUCCUCUGGAUUGACCCCGAGGAUUUCCCACUGCUCAUCCCCUACUGGGAGAAAACCUUCAACAUUGACUUGUCCCGGCCCCAGAUAGGGGUGGUCAACGUCACUGACGCCGACAGCGUGUGGCUGGAGAUGGCGGAUGAGGACGACCUGCCCGGCCCAGCGGAGCUGGAGGAGUGGAUCGAGGACGUGCUGGAGGGAGAGAUCAACACCGAGGACGACGAUGACGACGACGACGACGAUGACGACGACGACGACGACGACGACGAUGACGACUAGGCCUUGUGCUGGGCCUCCGCUCCCAGCCCUGCGCGAGACAUUAAAGUCCCCAAAGAACAAGGCUGUGUCACCAGGGGUGGCCGGGGGGUGGCGGUGCCCAAGCACGUGCAGGAUCCCCGUGCGAGCCCCCCCCGCCUUAUCACCCCCCCCCCGUGCAGGAUCCUGUGCAGCACCCCCUGAAAGCAGCCCCUAAAAGCCCCCUCUGGAACCACCC